ACAGUCAGUACCGGCCGAACUCUCGCCGAUAACACACAGCCACCGAACUAGACGAGCGCGCGCGUGUUAUCACAGUGUUUUGACACGGUCGUUUUGUAAGUAAUCAAUCAGUGGGCAAUAUAAAACGAUGUUCAGCGUCUCGAGAAAUAAUUUGUUUAGUUGGAAAACGUGAUGUGUGCGCUACGUACGAACGUUGUAAUGCUUACGAACGGUGCAUUGCAUUUCUCGUGAAACUCUAACAUAAAUUCAACAAGCACCGAUAAAUAAAAUAUACGUGCGUAAUAUUUUGUACCCGCAUCUUCUGACAAAUACGUUUUUUUUUUGCUUUAAUAUUUUUGUAUCGGACGCUGAACAUCGCAAGCUAUUCUCUAAUUAAAUCAAUUCAAAACAGUGAAACCAGAGUGAUAUUAUAAACAUAAAAAAACAAGUUGGUGUCCGAAAAUAAGUCAGUGCUAAAAAUAAUAAUAAUAAACAUAAACAUAGAUAUGAAAAAAUGCUCGAAACAUGCCUAAAUCGGACAGGACGCUGACCCGUCGCGUUUAAAAGCGAACAUUUGCUACGUGCGUGUGUGUGUGUGCUGGUGUGAUAGUGUCAGGUGGGAUGAGGCGGGGGGCGAGUGUGCCCCCGCGCCUCUUAUCAGGAGAUAAGGCGCCGUGGCCCUGCACGCUGACGACAAUCGUUUUCGGAUCACCAGCGUGACCAGGCUGCUUGGAACAAGGCGGCCGCCGCCCGUUAUGUUGCACUCACUGAACGCACUCGCCGGCAAGAUAUCGCCGGGCGGCGGCCUCGACACAAACGCGAACCGACACACGCACCCCAACAAGAACCACAAGGUGACCUCGCCGGGAUCUCCGUACACCAAGCCGAAUGGGAUGAAUAUGAAUAUAAACAACAACAAUAACAACAACACGACCAGCAUUAACAAUAACAACAACAACAAUGAGGACAAAUCUGAAAUGCCAGAUCCUGACUACAUCAAGAUGUUCGUCGGUCAGGUACCAAGACACAUGGACGAGAAUGACCUCAGGCAGAUGUUUGAGGAGUUUGGUAGAGUCCACCAGAUCAACGUGCUCCGGGAUAAGAUCACAGGAGUCAGCAAAGGGUGCUGUUUUGUGACGUUUUUCACACGAAAGGCCGCGUUGAAAGCCCAGGACGCUUUGCACAAUAUCAAAACAUUGACAGGGAUGCACCAUCCCAUCCAAAUGAAGCCGGCUGACAGUGAAAAUAGAAACGAACGGAAGCUUUUCGUGGGUAUGCUGAACAAGAAAUUGGCUGAGAACGACGUGAGAGCUCUGUUCUCGGGACACGGAGCCAUCGAGGAGUGUACCGUGCUGAGGGACGCCCAGGGUCAAAGCAAAGGAUGCGCAUUUGUAACCUUCGUAUCGAAGCAGGCCGCUAUAGCUGCCAUAAAAGCGUUACAUCACAGUCAAACGAUGGAAGGCUGCUCAGCACCUCUGGUCGUUAAGUUUGCGGACACGCAGAAAGAGAAAGAACAGAAAAAGUUGCAAGCGAUGCAGGCCAGCCUAUGGGGCAUCACGACGCCAGUGGCACCGACUGCGUACCUCGCGUCGGAAGCGGCCCUCUCACCAGCCACGCAACUGCAACUACUGCAGCAACUGCAAGCGGUCGGCUUGCAGCAACAGUUACUGCAAGGGCAGGGCUCGACUCUGUUACAAGGUGUUAACUAUCAGGAUAUCGGUUUCAAUGGUGCAGGACUGAGCGGUAGCGGAGUGGGAAGCGUGGGUGCGGAACAGCUCGGGGGCUUGCUGGCCCCCGUGUCCGUGCAGAACCUGGCGGCUCUGGCGGCCAUAGCGCAGCCCCCCGUCGUGUCGCAGUCGCAGGCUGUCGCGCCAAUCGCCCCCACCACCGCCCCGCAAUCCGCGGCGCCGCAACUAUGUCUUCUCGGGAAGACUAACAUUACAGGGUCAACCGCUGAGCCGCUGAGUUCAGCGUACGCCGCGCAGUUCGGCAGCGCUGCGUUCGCUGCAGCGCCGCUCGGGUCAGUGCUGGGGUCGGCAGCCGCCGCAGCCGCGGGGAAACAAGUCGAAGGUCCGGAAGGCGGCAACCUGUUCAUUUACCACCUGCCCCAGGAGUUCACGGACACGGACCUGGCGUCUACGUUUCUGCCGUUCGGACACGUGAUUUCGGCCAAAGUGUUCAUAGACAAACAGACGAACCUCUCGAAGUGUUUCGGUUUCGUCUCGUACGACAACGCGGCCUCCGCACAAGCGGCCAUACAGGCGAUGAACGGCUUUCAAAUAGGUACAAAGAGACUUAAAGUUCAAUUGAAACGAUCCAAGGAACUAUCAAGACCGUACUAGAAUAUUCCAGAAUUCGUUCCUAGUGCAAAGAAAUUACGAAAGAAAAACUAUAUCGAAAAGGGGUUGUAGUUUCUGUAUGUUUGUUGUGAUGUAACCGGUGCACACGAGCACGAUCCAUGAGGCGCGCGAAAAGUUAUAUUAUGGAACGCGAUUCCGAGUGCACAGUUGUUAACUAAUAAGUAUGUAUAUUAAUAAGGUUUGUGUUAAAGGAUUAUCGUUUCCAAAGUAUUCCCCAAAUUUCUUUAUUAUUAUUAUUAAUAAUGUAAAUUAAUUUUUAAAGUUGGUAUCAUUUAGAAACUUUUUGAUUAUAUAAAAGAUGAAUUUGAUCAGGAACCAACGACGACCAGCACCAAAGAACUGGUACUUUACAAUGUAAAUUUCUGAUACUAGUUAUUUCUUCACCCAAAGUUUUAUAUUCAGAAUAUGAAUACCAAAUAAGUAUUGCUCGUAGAUUUUUAUUUAAAGGUUGCGUUCGUUUUGAACAAGUUAGUUUAUAUGUUUUUCUUGUUAUUAUCGUUUGUUUUAUUUUAUGUUACCACUCGUAGUAAAAUAUGUGUAUUCAUUCACGUGGCCAUUGUCAGUUGCAAUUCAGUCAUUUCGUUUGAAAA